AUGGAAAUAUUCAUCAGUUUGAUGGGCGGGGAGCCCCAAAUGCUGAUAGUCAACCCCAGUCACACAGUGGGUGAUUUGAAAAAGUGCAUCGAAAAUGAGAUGGGGGUCCACGUUUCGGAGCAGAAGCUGAAAUUCACUAAUGACGAUCUGAACGAUGACUCCAGGACGCUGAGCUCCUACAGCAUGCAGCCGGGCUCCCAGGUGUACCUGUUGAUCACUGAGCCACCAACCCAGCCCUCUACCUUCCAGGUUUUCCUGAAAAAUGAAAAGGGGAUAAUCAGCACCUAUGAUAUCACAGAGAAGGAGACUGUGGAGAACUUCAAGAGGAGAGUGUAUGAAAGAGAAGGGGUUCCUGCAAACCAGCAGAGGCUGAUCCAUGAAGGUCGAGAGAUGCAGAGUGGAAAACUGACUGACUACAAAGUCAGGGAGCUGAGCACCAUCUUCAUGACUCUGCGUCUGAGAGGAGGCUGAG